AUGGAUGAAAAGGGUGGCCUGCCCUCACACCGGGCCGGCACCGAGCCUCCUCGAUGGCAACGACAGAAACCACGCCGAUCCCGGGCAAUCCGAUUCUUGGCGGUCGGGUGUUUGUGUUUCAUUGCCGUCGCGCAGUGGAAGCAGGUCUUCUCCAACCCUUCAGGAUCCGGGCCUGCUGCCUCGGUGGUGUCGCCAAACCCAGAUGUCACGGUACACGGCCUGUCCGUCAAACGGUUGCAGGAAAACCUCGCCACGUGUGAAAGCCUGCGCAAGAAGCCGCAGGAUCCAAUUGGCGCCGGACGCGAGCGGAACGCGCGAUACUUGGAUGGGCACGCUCCUACUUUGAUCAAGAAUGCUACGGUCUGGGUGGGCGAACCAGCCGCCAACACCCCGCCCGAUGCUGCACGGAAUGGAGCCGGCUUUGCUUGGAUCAAGGCCGACGUGUACUUGGAGUAUGGACUCAUCAAGAAGGUUGAGUCCUCCAUCGCGCUGUCCUCUGUCGCCUCCGACACUGUGGUCUUCAACGCCGACGGCCGCCCCCUGACGGCGGGCAUCAUCGACAUGCAUAGCCAUGCCGGCGUGGAUUCACUCCCCAGCUUGUGGGGGAACGAAGACACCAAUGAGAUGGCAUCCGACAUCACACCCUAUGUCCGCUCCAUCGACGGCAUCCAGCCAUUUGCUCACCAGAUUCAAGUCAUCAAAUCGGGUGGCGUGACGACUAGCCUGGUCCUGCCCGGGUCCGCCAAUAACAUGGGCGGCGAGGCCUUUGUGAUCAAGCACGCUGUGGGCAAGGCCGAUGGACGUAACGAGACCAGCGCCGUGGACAUGCUUGCGGAUCCCGACCGCAACUGGCGGUACAUGAAGAUGGCUUGUGGUGAGAAUCCCAAGCGUGUGUACGGCAACGCAGGCAAGCAGGGCCCAACCAGCCGACUGGGCGAGAGCUGGGAGUUCCGACAAGCGUUUGAAAAGGCAACCAAGGUGGUACAGGAGCAGGACGACUGGUGCAAUGCUGCCGCUGCUGGCGUCCACCACAUGAAGUCCUACCUACCUCAAGAGCUCCGCUGGGAGUCAUUGGGGGCCCUGCUGCGGCACCAGGUUCGGUUGAACACCCACUGCUACACUAUCCCGGAUCUUGAGGCUUUCGUGGACCACACCAACGAGUUCAAGUUCAAGGUCCAAGCCUUCCAUCACGCUCACCAGACUUUCUUGGUCCCCGAGAUUCUUAAGCGGGCAUACGGUGGUGAGCCACCCGCGUCAGCCCUGUUUGCCGACAAUAUGUGGUAUAAGGCGGAAGCGAAUGUCGCCUCCGAAUACGCCGGCAAGAUCCUGUAUGACAACGGCCUGACGCCCAUCUACGUCAGCGACAACCCGGUCCUCAACGCUCAACACGUGGUCUUUGAGGCUGCCAAAGGUUACAAGUACGGUCUGCCAUACCAUGCUGCGCUAGCUGCUGUGACCACUGCUCCGGCCGAGCGCCUCGGUUUUGGAAACAGGCUGGGCAAGAUCAAGCCCGGGUUUGAUGCCGACGUCGUCGUCUGGGAUAGCGACCCGCUCAGCGUCGGUGCGGCCCCGGUGCAGGUCUGGAUCGACGGGACGGCGCAGUAUGAUGAUCCGGUGGUACUAAAGAAGCCCGUGGCAGAGAUGAUGGUGCCUGAUGAGAGCCUGUCCAAGAUUCCCGAGGGCCCUGUGGCCAUGGAUGAGGUGAUUUUCACUGGUGUCUCCAGGGUCAUACUAAAUGAGGACGUGGAACACUUGUCCGAGAACAACGCCCUCGUUGUGCUGCUUCUCGCCUCCAACACGCCGAUCAUCAAGCUCAACAACGGCUACCUCACCGAGUCUCUCACAGCAUUCGGCUCCAAGAUCGGCCUCAACGCCAUCGACGCCGAGAAGGACACGGACAACGGCCCCAGCGGCACGUCCUUCACCCGCGCCGAAGACGGCCUGGCCCUCGACACGCAAAAGACCAACAUCUCCUACACCUAUGGCGUCACCAAGGCUAUCACAGCCCCGCGACUCCGCGGCCUCGACACCCACCACGGCACCAGCGUGGGCUUCCUAACCGGCGCACUCUCCCCCCUCUCCCACAACACCAUCUUCUCCGCCGACGCCGCCGUCCACUACACCCUCACCCCAUCCAUCAAAUCCGCCCACCCCGACACCCCCUCUAUCUCCGCCGCCAUCGCCGCCCUCCGCAUCAAACUCCUCACCGCCGUCACCACCCCACCCAACGACAACCCCAACACCGACCCCUACUCCGAAGCGUCCUACCUCCGCCUCGUCACCAACGGCACCCUCCCUCUCAUAAUAACCGUCCACUCCGCCGACACCAUCGCCGCCCUCCUCAAACUCAAAUCCCUCAUCGAAACCACCACGCACACGCCCCUCCGCCUCGUCCUCCACGGCGCCGCCGAAGCCCACCUUCUCGCCGCGGACCUCGCCGCCGCCCACGUAGGCGUCAUCCUCGCCCCGCUCUUCUCCUACGCCACCACGUGGGACCAGCGGCGCGCGCUGACCGGGGCCGCCGUUGACGCGGGGGAACCGGGGUGGAAUCGAAAAAUGGAAACAACUUGGUUAAUGAGAACGGGUCAACCAAUCGCCGGUAGAAAGGAGAGGCCACGACCUAUGUCUGCCCCGGCCCAACAGAUUUGGUCCCAGGAUCUCGCCAUGGAUGCUCUCAUCCGCCGUGAUCAAGCCCCAGCUGUUGGACAGCUUGUUCCCCGUCGUAAAAUCGAUUGGGUUCCCGGACAAGUCCGUCACCUUGCCCGCCCCCGACUCGGUGUAGAUAAGCUGCGAGCCAGCAUGGUCCCAGCACGACCAUGCCCCUUUCCCGGGCUUCGGCCACCGGAGUUGCACGCACUCCCUCCCACCCAGCGCCAUCGCCGCAUACCGCAUAUGCGACGAGUAAAGAUUGGUCCCUGGGUCCGUCGCGCCGAAGAUCUCCGCCAUUUCCCUGACCUUCUCCGUCAGCGUCGCGGGGCUCUUUCUCCGAGUCCACAAAAUGCAAAUCCCUUAAAUCAACCGCCUUCCCACGACCCCUCUCAACCCGCGUCCCCUCCGCACAACCCCCCCCUCCCCAUCGGCCUCACGCUCGCCCCCUGGCCCCUCACCGCAGAAAGCAACAACCCCAUCCCGUCCUCAUCCAACCCAUACUCCUGCACCCUCCACCCACCCGCCCCACGGGCACCUCCCCCUCAAACCUCCAAUUUCCGGACACCCCAGCUACCCCAACAACAUCUCUCACGCCCUUCCAACAACGGCAACAAAAAUUCGAUACUGGCCCGGCGCUGCAUAUGCGCACUGGGCACAUGUACAGGGGUCCAUACACCACACGCGGGGUGCGACAGCGGGGCCCCCCACGCGCUGCGUGCCCGCCGAGGACCCAGUGCUACCAGCGUCGUGAGUUCCAUAAAAGCCAGUGGGAGGGGCGAAGAAGUGCCUCACUUUGGUCUCGCCUUCACCGCGGUAUCGCCUCACUAG